AUGCGAUCAUCACUAUUACCACGAAGCCUUGUGCGCUCUUGCAAAACGAUUUCCACACGACCCGCCAUCGCCCGCCACUCAGCUCUCGUUUGCCAAAUCUGCCAUCAGCAAACGACACCUCUUUGCCAAUAUCCUGUCACCUCUUCCCGUAGAAAUGUAUCAUCAUCUGCGGGUCCCUCAUUAUCUACCUCGCCAGACCAAGUAGCCGCUUCUGCUACCUCACCUCCUAAAACCCACUACGACCUCUUCCCCGUCACUCUCCCUCGCGGCCCUCCACCUUCUGGCCCCUUCCACAUUGACGUUCGCGCGCUGCGCAACGAAUUUCUCCGCCUUCAAGCGACUGCACAUCCAGAUGUACACUCUUCAUCUAACAAAAACCGCGCCGAAGCCACCAGUGCUCUCAUCAACGAAGCAUACAAAACAUUACAAUCGCCUCUCCUACGCGCGCAAUAUUUGUUGGAACUACAGGGUGUAGAUGUACAUGACGAAACGGGGAAAACAGGAGGAGAAGAAGGGGACAAAGAAUUAUUGAUGGAGGUUCUGGAGACUAGGGAGGAGAUUGAGGAGGCGGAGGAAGAAGGGGAUUUGGUUGGGUUGAAGACUAGAAACGAGGAGAGGAUUGCAAAGUGUGAGGGCGUGGUGGGGGAGGCUUUAGAGGCUGGGGAUAUAGAGACGGCGAGGAGGGAGACGGUUAGACUGAGGUAUUGGGUCAAUGUUAGGGAUACUUUGCAUGCGUGGGAAAAAGGGCAACCGGUUGUUAUGGUGCAUUGA